AAGGGGCAGUGGGUGCAAACUGGAACACAAGAGGUUCCGCUUAAAUUUGAGCAGAAACUUGUUCCUGGUGAGGGUGGCAGAGCCUGGCCCAGGCUGCCCAGGGGGGUUGUGGAGUCUCCUUCUCUGCAGACAUUCCAACCCGCCUGGUUCCUGUGUAACCUCAUCUGGGUGUUCCUGCUCCAUGGGGGGAUUGCACUGGAUGAGCUUUCCAGGUCCCUUCAACCCCUGACACUCUGGGGUUCUGUGAUUCUGUGAGGGUGGGCGACAGUGAGACAGCGGGGCACCAUCCGCCCCCGCCGCGGGGGGGCUAAUCCCGGUAAUCCCCCGCCCCGGCCACCGCCCGACGGGACGGGACAGGCAGGUGAGCCGGCCAAUGGCGGGGGGGCCCCGGGCCCGCCCCCGGCCGCAGGUGCCCAAAGCGGGCGGGCCCGGCCGCGCCACUCCCGGUGCCGGCCCGGUUCGUCCCGUCGGCGCGGAUGGCGGCGCGGGGCGCGGGGCCGUGGCUGCUGCUGCUGGCGGCGGUGCUGAGCCCGGUGCUGUGCGCGGCGGCGGAGCCGCGCUGCCCGGCGUGUGCGGCGGGCGCGGAGCGGCGGCUGCUGGAGGAGGCGGCCAAGCGGCAGCUGCUGGAGAAGCUGCGGCUCCGCGAACGGCCGACGCUCGCCCACAACGUGCCCCGCGCCGCCGUGGCCCGCGCCCUGCGGCGGCUGCAGCCCGCAAACACCCGCCGGGGCCCCGGUGACGACGAGCGGGGCUACGAGAUCAUCAGCUUCGGGGAGCCAGAGCUCACGUCUCCCUCUGCCUUGGGGCUGCAGUUCCAGUUCAGCCGCGCUCAAGACCAGGACGUUCACAUCCUGCGGGCUCAGCUUUGGCUCUACCUCCGAGUUCCCCGAGACCUGGUAGCCGGCCUCACCCUGAGAGUCUUCCUUGCCGGUGGGGAAGGCGCUUUGGUGGGGGGCAAUCGCACGUUGCUGAGCGAGAGGCGACUGAGCGCUAAGGGCAGCGGCUGGCGCGCCUUCCCCCUCAUGCCGGCGCUGCAGAGUUUCUUUGGGGGAGAGCACAGGACCUUGCGGCUCGAACUGGAAAGCCGCGGGGACAGGGGUGAUAUCACGACAAUAGUCAACGCCAGCCAGUCCCACCAGCCCUUCCUGGUGGCCGAGGCGAAGGUGCGGGAGCCAGGACACGGCGUGGCCAAGCGCAGCCUCCGCUGCAGCCAGAACUCCAACCUCUGCUGCCGCAAGGACUACUACGUGGAUUUCCGCGACAUCGGUUGGAAUGACUGGAUCAUUAAGCCCGAGGGCUACCAGAUAAACUACUGCGUGGGCCAGUGCCCUCUCCAUGUGGCAGGUAGCCCUGGGAUGGCCUCUUCUUUCCACACAGCUGUAUUCAACCUCGUCAAAGCAAACAACAUCCAGGCGUCGGGGCACUCUUGCUGUGUGCCCACGCGACGCCGGCCGCUCUCCGUCCUCUACUUUGAUCGCAAUAGCAACAUUGUCAAGACUGACAUCCCUGAUAUGAUUGUUGAUGCCUGUGGCUGUAGCUAGGGGUGGGGGGGCCAUGCUGGGUACCCCCCUUCUUCAGGACUGUCUCUCUGGUGGGGGGAAGAGCUGGGGAGCUCCCUUGAGCUCGAGUCAGCCUGUGGUGCAAUGGACCCCUUUGGAAAGGUUGGGAGGGAGGGAGGAGGGGGUGUCUCCAGGGAGCACCUGGAGCAGGGGUCUCUGGGGACACGUGGGACAGAGCCAAGGCCACACCAGACCACCCGAGUCCGAGCUGUGGGUUGUUGGUGACUCUGAGCAUCCCUGGACUGCAGCAUCCCUUUGGUCCCCAGCCGACCCCACGUUCCCGUGGUUGUGUUCCCCUCUGUGUGUGGGGUGAGGGGGCUGCUUUGUUCACAUUCAGAGUGGCUGGUGACAGUUUGGGACUCGGCUCCUUGAGAGCAGAGUGGGGUGCGGGGAUGGGUCUGUGUCCUGCGGGGGGGAAACGGGAGGACGAGGGGCAGUCCUGCUCUUCUGCGACAAACCUUCCUGCAGCAAGUCUGGGCCUGUCGUUGGGGACAAGUGGAAUGAAGCACAAAUAACAGGCCUGGAAGAUGAGGAUGAAGGGGGUGACUUUGCCAGGAGCCCCAAAUCCACAAUGACCAGACACAGGAGGGCAUGGAGCUGUGAAGGAUGGCUUCACCUCCUGGCCAGGUCCUGUGUGCUGCCCCUUCUAUUCCCCUGGGUUUUGUGCUUUUCCUCCCUGCUGCUCACCGCACCGGUCUCUUCCAGCCCAGCGCCUCCUCACAGGGAGGUCCGACUCAGACUUUGCCUUUACUAACGAUACAGGUUAUUCUGUACCUCUACUUGUGCAGCUAUUACCACUUUCACAGCAGAAGCUUCUGCAGCUGCUGGGACUCGCUGGUGCUCCAUCCUGCCCACCCACCUCUCUGCUGAAGAUCCCACUCUGCCUUUGCCUUCCUGAUACUCACGUUUGCAAUGCACCCGCACAGCCUGUACUUUUAAUUUAUUUUAAUACUUUGGUGCGGCUUCCCCAAUAAAUGGGUGGAAAUGCAACAUCCAGGCU